UCGUGAUCAAGUCAGAUGUCUUCCUUCCACCAGUAACACUUGCUUUGUGAAAAGGGAGAAACUUAUACUAUUGUUAACGGCAAAUUAAUAAAGAAUAAUUUUAAUCAAAAGAAAAAUUAUUGCAUCACAUUUAAAUUUAUUUAUGAAAUAGUUACAAUGAUACGUGCAGGAUUUUUCUUCAUUAUAUUAUCUGGAUUGUCCUUUUGUGAAGGAAAACGGACUACAGCUAAAACAAUUUGUAAAACAGAUGCUUGUAAACAAGCAGCUAAUCAAAUUCUCAGCUACUUAGACUCUACAGUAAAUCCGUGCGAUGAUUUCUACAAAUUUGCUUGUGGUGGAUUUAUCGAUUCUGCAGAAAUUGACAAUGAUAAGGCAGAAAACUCUUCUUUUUCUCAGGUGGAUUCAAAGGUUGAUGAGCAACUGAAGGUUAUAGUUUCUGAGCCACCUACAAAAGAUGAACCACCUCCAUUUAGGUCUCUGAAGCACUUAUUCUCACUUUGCAUGGACGAAAAGAAGCUAGAUGCACGUGGAGUGGGUCCUGCCUUGAAUAUAAUCAAGGGUGCUGGUGGAUGGCCAGUUUUAGGAAACUGGAAAAGAAAAAACUGGAAUAUUUUGGACACUUAUAUCCGACUAAGAAAGUUUAUGGUUGGAGAAGAUAGUCUUUUUCAGAUAUAUGUGGAGGUGGAUAUGAAAAAUAACUCAAGACGCAUCAUACAGGUGGAUCAGGCAUCAUUGGGUCUUCCCCAAGAGCUCUUUGUUGAGGGUCCGAGUAACGCUAUGGUGAAGGAGUACUUUAGUCUGAUGGUUGACGUUGCAGUCAUGCUUGGAGCAGACAGAAAAACAGCAAUGAAACAACUGCGCUCCAGCUUAUAUUUUGAGAUUGAACUGGCAAAGAUUAUGACUGUGAAGGAGAAGAGAAGAGACUUCAAUCGUAUGUAUAAUCUCUACAAACUGUCAGACAUGACAGCAGAGCUAGGCUGGAACUGGGGCUCUCUUUUCCAGAGAAUCUUGCCAGAGUCCAUGUCCCUCAAACGAGAUGAACUAAUCAAUGUUGUGGAAGUAGAGUACCUGAAGAAACUUAAGCGAUUGAUGCAGUCACAUCCAAAAGAAGUCAUCGCAAAUUACAUGAUGUGGCAUGCAGUGAGGAACAUGAUGACUCUUCUGACCACCGAGAUGAGGAACAGACACCAGAAUUUCUUAAAUUUACUAAUGGGCACCAACAAGAGACAACCUCGCUGGAAAGAGUGUUUGGAUAGAGUAAGACGUCUCUCUACUGUUCUCUCUUCACUCUAUGUGAGGAAGUUCUUUGAUAAAACCUCCAAGAGACUUGCAUCAGGAAUAGUAGAGAAAAUCCGUCAGGAGACUUCCAUGCUCAUUAAAGAAGUAGACUGGAUGGAUCAACAAACGAGGAAGCAAGCAGAGUAUAAGGUGUCAAAGAUAGCCCAAUAUAUUGGCUACCCUGAUGAACUGCUUGACAACAGGAAGAUAGAAGAACUGUAUGAUGGGCUGGUUCUCAACAAAAACUGCUUCUUUGAGGCAUCCUUCGACAUGGCAAGAUGGUAUGAUCAGUAUAACUUCCGUAAGCUAAGGGAGGCAGUGAAUCAGUCAGACUGGAAGACUCACAGUCAGGUCGCCACUGCCAACGCUUGGUACAGUCCCAUAGAAAACUCUAUCAUGUUUCCUGCAGGAAUACUCCAAUCUCCUUUUUUUAAUGCCAAAGUUCCCAUGUACGUCAACUUUGCAAAAAUUGGAGCAGUGGUUGGACAUGAGAUUAUUCAUGGAUUUGACGAUAAGGGAAGCCAAUUUGACUUCAGAGGUAAUUUACGGAACUGGUGGAACAGAGAAAGCAGAGAUAAAUUCAACAAAAAGAAACAAUGUAUGAUAAACCAGUAUAAUGCUUUCAAGGAAACACAAACUCAACUGUAUCUAAAUGGUGUAAACACUCAAGGGGAGAACAUAGCAGAUAGUGCAGGGUUAAAGUUAGCAUAUCGUGCAUACAAGAGGCUGAAGAGGAUGGAAGCAGGAUUGCCAAACCUAGAGCAGUACAACAACGAUCAGCUCUUCAUGCUCAGCGCUGCCACACUGUGGUGUUCUCGCACACGUCUUGAAAUGCUCAAACUUAGUAUCAUGCUGGACACCCACUCACCUAAAGAGUUCCGAGUAAAAGGAUCCUUCGCAAAUAUGCCGGCGUUUGGAAAAAUAUUUCAAUGCGAAUUGGGAACCCCGAUGAACCCACACAAAAAAUGUUCUGUUUGGUGAAACAAUAUUGGAAUUGUACAUAAUAACAAAAUUAUGGGUAACAAGUAACAUGUAUAUAUAUAAAAUACACAUUUAUUGCAUGGCA